AUAAAGUCAUUUUUCAGUGAUCAAUCUUCAGUGAGGAAUUCUCAAAUAAAGUAGAAGAGGUGAAAAAUUCUGACUCAAUCCAGCCAAAAAAAAAAAGAGACCUCCCCAGACCGUUACCUCGAUGCUGUGUGAAGGUGGAGUCAUGGGGUGGAGAGAGAGAGAGAGAGAGAGAGAGAGAGAGAGAGAGAGAGAGAGAGAGAGAGAGCUAAAUGAGGAGAGAGCGAGAGGAGCUGGGCACCCAAAGAGGACAGAUAUUCGCCUGGACUGACCAACCUUCCUAUUUAAGUCUUGAAUCCUGUUUUUCGUCCUCAGAGUAAAAUCUGGAAAUGUUUUCCUGCACAUGUGGAGUUUAGCAGCUUGGAACAGGUAAAUGGUGUGGUGGUACCAUUUUUUCUUUUUUUUUUUUAUUUCAGUGGAACUAAAGACUUUUACCAGAUUUUAGAUACCUUUCUACAUGGAUACUAUUACAUUUUCUCAACUGGAUAUUUGUUUUUAUUAGUUUUUUCUUAUCUUUUUUUUCUUGUUAAGUUGAAAAGCAGUCUGGGACUAAAAGGCUUACACCGGAGCCCCUUUGAGCAAGAGUUAAAAGUUCACAAACAAUUUAAGAAGAAUUAGUAAAACUGUGGAAAAGUGCAGGGGGAACAAAAACAGAUUUUCACCAGAAUGCACACAUAGUCUGCCUGCUUUUUUCACUUUCUUUUCUUUUUUUCUUUAAUCUUUGUUCAUUUAGACUGAGAUGUUUUCCAAAACAGACUUGGAAGUUUUGAUAACCAGCAUAAAACCUUGCAGCAGUGGAGAAGAGAACGGAGUGGAGUACCAGCUUGGAAAAUAGAGACUUACUGAAAUUACAUAAUCAAAAAAAAAAUCACCCAGAAGGAUAUCUUGACAUUUUUAUACCUGCGCUGAAUAGUUUGGACACUGUGCAGGGACACCUUCACUCUGGUCUGUGGAGGGCUUCCCUCCCUGCCUUCUCAGGCAAUCUUCACCCCCAGCAGCAUGUCCCAAGCUCCGAGGCUGCCUCUAGUCCUCCUCACAGCACACUACCAUGAUCAGAUGGACUGCUGGAGGGAGUAAGGCUGCCUCUGCCUCGUCCUGCUCCAGGGCUGGGUUAGGGGCUCGUUCAGGCUCUGGGGCCACCUUCAGACUACGGUCAUCAGCACUGCUUAUCACCCCGGCUUUUCCUGUACUAGUCACCCUGUUGGUUUUUUUAUUAUCCCUGCAUGAGGCUGCCUGCCAUCAGUUCCACCGUGACACAGAUAGGGUCUCCAGCCCACGGACUCUCAGAGCUCCAGUGAACAUUUCUGAAGCUGAGCUGAUCUCUAGAGCCAGAGCCAAUGGGGGCCCUGUGGGUCGGACUGGGGGAGCACAGGGGAGGCAUGUGCGCAGUUACAAUCAUCUACUAGGGGACAUACGAAGGAGAAAGCUGUUCUCUUUCCAGAGGUUUUUCCUGAGGAUCGAUAAGAAUGGAAAAGUCAAUGGAACCAAAAUCAAGGACGACCCCUUCAGUAUUCUGGAAAUCACAUCAGUGGACGUGGGAGUGGUGGCCAUCAAAGGGCUAAGCAGCAACUUCUAUCUGGCUAUCAGCAAGAAAGGAGAGCUGUACGGAGCGAGAGAGUUUGGUGUCGACUGCACCCUGAAGGAGCGGAUUGAGGAGAACGGCUACAACACGUACGCAUCAGCCAAGUGGAAGCAUGGGAAGCGGCAGAUGUUUGUGGGUCUGAACGGCCAGGGGAAGCCGAUGAGAGGAAAGAAAACCCGAAGGAAGAACACAGCCACACAUUUUCUUCCAACUGUUGUGUGAACCUGUGCACUCGGCUGGAGAGGGACAAUAUGAAACUCUGAAAAUGUGAGGUUUAGAACUCUGAAAAGUGAGAAAUCUCUCAUUUGAUUUUAAAAGAAAAAGGCCUAACACUGUCAUGCAUACAAGUGGUCUCUUCUUUUCUGGGAGAUGGCGUUACCUGUGUUUUCACUGACACAGAUGCAAUGCUUAUUCUUUUUUUUUUUUUUUGUCUGUGCCAAACAGUUUGCAGCUGGACUAAGUGUGUGAUGUGGACACAACCGAAGCUACUGUUUCACUAAAUAAACUGUAGUAGAUGCAGAAUUAUCUCAAGAUGUUAUUUAUAUCCAUAUUCUCCUGUGAGACACAUAAACAGAACAGAAAAUGUUCAGGAUGUGGGAAACAAUCAGUGAGUCCGUUUAUCACGGCAGCAGGAAAUAAUAAAGGAUAGAACACAUUUAAAGCAAAUGUUCGAUACUUAACCACUGUGUUUUUGCCUGAAUUGUAAUGAUUUAUUUAUUUUGUGAAAUAUUUAACUGAAGGGGAACACAAGCAUUUCUUUGAAUUCUUUUUGUUUUAUAAGAACUCUAUUAUGUGAAAAAUAAAAGUACCAUUUCUCCCCUGCAAUGCAGUGAACGUUCCUCUGUGGUACUCCAAAGACUGGGAGAAGUGCAUUAAAAAUGGUAAGGUUUACCAGAAGUACUGAGAGACCCUGGUAAACGUUCAAGUCAUGGUAUUCUUAUCUGGGUCUCUGAGGUAGGAAAGAAGGGACAAAAGGCAACCAUUAAUUCCUAGCCAGAUAUACCAUGUGGCAACCAUUGCACUAAUGAUUAGUGCACAAACAAACUGAAAACACAAGACCAACCACAACAAAAUGGGAGGGGGGAAACUCCCCUGGUAUGGACUGUAGAUGUUGACAUCAUUUUCUAAUAUCAGACCAUUACUGUGGAAGCUGCAACCUUCUCCAACUGCAAAAAGACUUGCUUGGUAAAGAUAGCUGGUUAUGAAUAUAAAAAUUGCUGCCCAUGGGUUUGUA